GUGACCUGUGAGAGGCGGGGCGAGGGGGGAUGGGACGUUGAAUGAUUAGACCAACGAGGAAUACGACUCGAUACAGUGGCAAUUGUAUUCAUCAUAAACCACCAAUUUACUAUUACGUUUACGUAUUGACAAUUUUAUUCCAGCGUUGUGCCAGGUAAGUACCAGCAAGGAUGACGAUGCCGCACGUGGGGGCAAUAUUUGGAGCAAUAGCAGGAGUGAUGGCCAUCAUGUUGCACUCCUCCAUUCACAAGAUCGAAGAAGGACACCUUGCUGUCUACUACAGAGGUGGGGCACUGCUGACUUACCCCAAUGGUCCUGGAUAUCACAUUAUGCUGCCUUUCAUUACCACAUUCAGAUCAGUGCAGACCACUCUCCAAACUGAUGAGAUCAAAAAUGUGCCUUGUGGCACAAGUGGUGGUGUGAUGAUCUAUUUCGACAGAAUAGAAGUUGUGAACAUGCUCGUCCCUUUAGCAGUGGUGGACAUUGUCAGGAACUACACAGCUGACUAUGACAAAACUCUAAUAUUCAACAAGAUUCACCAUGAACUCAAUCAGUUCUGCAGUGUACACACACUGCAGGAGGUCUACAUUGACUUAUUUGAUAUUAUAGAUGAGAACCUGAAGUUGGCAUUGCAGAAAGAUCUUACUGUUAUGGCACCUGGACUUACAAUACAGGCGGUCCGUGUUACCAAGCCAAAGAUCCCCGAAUCGAUCAGGAGGAACUUUGAACUGAUGGAGGCAGAGAAGACUCGUCUGUUGGUAACAGCUCAGACUCAGAGGGUGGUGGAGAAGGAAGCCGAGACUGAAAGAAAGAGGGCCGUCAUUGAGGCUCAGAAAGUGGCCCAGGUAGCUGAGAUCCAUUUCCAACAGAAGGUGAUGGAGAAAGAGACGGAGAGGAAGAUCUCUGCAAUCGAGGAUUUCGCCUUCUUGGCGAGGGAGAAGGCCCGAGCGGAUGCCGAGUAUUACAGCGCUGAAAAGUUUGCCGAAGCCAACAGGGUGAAGUUGACCCCGGAGUACCUGGAGCUGAUGAAGUACCAGGCCAUAGCAGCUAACAGUAAGAUCUACUUUGGCCAGGACAUCCCCAACAUGUUUGUAGAUGGAAGCAACAGCCCCCCCAAGCCGCCGCGCUCCCUUCACUCCCCCAAUGCUCAAGCAGACCUGCUAAAGAUGAAGCCGGAGGGGCAGUGAGUCCACAGCUCUUCCUCUGCAGAGGACAGGAGAACCUGAGGAAGACUUGUGUUGGCUGAGGUGGGGAGCACUGAACUGAAGAGGGGAGGGGGGGGGGGGGGGCUUUUAGCUAGUUUGUUGAACAACACACUUCAGGCAAAGACAACUUGUACAAAUGUAAGCAGAAGUGAGAGCCGAGGGAGGCGAGAUAAAGGGAUUUUUUGUUUUGUUUUUGUUUUACCUUCCACUCCUUUGGGAAGUCAGGUUUUUAGGAAGACGAGUGAUGCCAUAGUUUGAAAAGCAUAAUAAAUGCUUCUGCUUGGAAAGGCUACAGCACGUAGUUGACCUAAUGUACACGUGCUUGCAAUUCACUCUGUUGUCCGCAAGACAAGUCAUUUUUGAUGAAAGGCUUUUUGAGGAUUCAUUUCAGGCUAACAGGUAACGCUAAUUAAUUAAAUGCGGGUUUGUGUAUGUGUGUAUUGUGGGUAAACCAUCUCUGUGCCAUCUUCUAUUACACUAAAAUCACUAGUUGGCUCUUCUCUCUCAACAUGAAUGAAUGCGAGGACUGGACCAUCACACCUCAUGUCUAACGCUGCUUGUGGAUGACCUUCAAACAGGACCUUUAGUUGGCUGAAAUCCUACAGAAAUGAAAACUGAUCUCCCUAGUUUUGUUUUAAAACGAUAGCGUUCUAGAAACAAGUGGCCGGACCUUGUUCAGUUUUCCCCAGAAUCUGCAUAAAGUGGGAUAAAACCCGACAAAUGCUCAAGUCUUUGAGGUGAAAGGGCCGUCAUUGUGUGUUUGUAGUGUAUAUAGUAGAUAUACAGUGGUGUCAGAUUGGUAGUAAUGCGGUUCAUUUUCGGUUGGCUUGGCGGUAGUUUGCUGUGGUUGGUUUGGUUUGAGAAUGCAGUCCCCUUAUGCAGACGAGAGAUGAUGCACUUCGACCUGCUGUGGCGUUUACUGUGAGGACCAACGGGGGUUUCAGCGCCGUCAGUCACAAGCUAAUUAAGGUUCAUUCAUCAUCAAAAGGAAAUUAAUACAUAGAAAGCAGGAGGAAGUCGUGAUGUGUAUUUCUCGCACAGAGGGCGGCACAUCUUUCUUUUACCCGUCUCCUGUUGAUUAUCAGAGGAAAUGUGUAGUGGCCUGAUUCAAGUGAUUAGUGGUGUCUGCAAACUCUGCCAUACAGCUUAUUCGGAUGACAAAGGAAUGUCUACUUUUAGUUAAUUUGAAUUCAUAUCAACAAAAAGCUGCUCAGUGUAGGACAGACUUUACUGCAUUAAAAAUCUAAAUUGUGCAGGAAGAAAAGUUUAAGACCUGCUGACGCCCAAAUUCCACCAAGAAAGUAACUACUGAAGAAAACUAUUUGUUGAUGAUAAUUUUUUGCUACAAUAUAACUUUGUCUUCUGCAAAUAUUUGGCAUGAGCAUCUGAGGCAUUUAAUAAUAGGAGCAUGUGGUCUGCCUAUCAACCUGUAAAUAUUAUAAACUAAAUUUCCUUUCUAUGAUCAAUGUUUACAUUUUCCUGUGAUGCAAGAAUUGAUGGGCUGCAACGUUUUUUCAGUCUCUGCUAAACAAGAUCAUUUUAAUGGAAACACACGGCUCCUAAUUACAGUGUUAACUUACUCGUGUGAGAAUUUGUCUCCCCUCUGAUCAGCUUUGUUGAGACAACAUGAAUCGCUCUGUUAAAGGAUGAAAGUUCCAAGAUUUUGGGCUUUAAUAAGAUGCAAGUUGGUGCUAGUUUUUAUUAUAUAUUGUGAUGCUUUUGGAUUUUGUUCAGCUCCAUUAUAGUACUUCCACUUCUCAGAAUGCAAGCCUUAAAUAAUAAGGGGUUACCCCAAACUUAGAUUCAGUGAUUCCUAGCUAAAAAGCUCCAUUUGAACUUAACUGUGAGACUUCUCGAGCGCUUGGGUGUACGAACCCACCUGCGCAUCACACACUUAAGCUGAGAAAGACUGAACCAAGCGGUGGGAACCGCUGCUGUGAUCUUCACUUGACCUUUUGAAUGGCGGUUAACGGCUGCAUUCUGCAUUUGCUUCGGUGGUGGGUUCAAAUAAAGAUGCAAAAGAGUAUGAAUCAAUGUUUUUGUUUUGUUUUUUGUCAAUAUUUUGUACAAUCUGUGAAACUCAAACAUCGAAGAGGUUUAUAUGCAAAAAAUGUUUUCAAGUUUUGACAAUGUUCUUAUGUAAAAUAAAACCUAUUUUGGUACCUCUCUUU